CCUUGAUGGUGGUGUGCUGAGUACUGCAGAGGCUGGGAGAUGAUUUCUGCUACUUUUAUUUCAUGAAAACAUGUAGUUCAUACAAAAUGUGACGUGGUACCAUUUUCUUCUAAUUAAAAUAGGUUAUGGAGAAAAAAGCAACAGAAGGGAGUCUGUAUGCUGCGCUCCCUAAAUAUGUGGCUGAACAGAAAGAGGAGUUACAACUGGCUAAUGUAUCCAAGGCAGAGAAAAAUGAAUUUGUGCAGAGCUUCCUCCAAAAGCACCUUCCAGAGAAGAGACUGAGGCAAGGUGAAGACAUUACAUUACAGCAUGCACAUUUUAUGUUGGACAAUCCCAGAACCAGGAAGAGAAAAGAGGUGAAGUUGAAGAGAAAGACUCUUUCAGCCAAGGAGAGAAAGGAGUUGAAACUGUUUGAAAUUCAACCUGAACAUCAAAAGUAUGACAUGUACACACCACUACAUCAGCUUUGGAAGGAUUAUAUGAAAGAUGUGAUCAACUUUGACAAGAUCACUCCAGGUAACCAAUCACAGAUGGAGGAACUUUUGCUGCGGGCUGAUCUUCACGGUGCUGUUCUUACAGUGACAAAAUCCAAGUGUCCAUCUUACGUCGNCCACUUAUCGUGUUAUCGGUAA